AUGUUGUUGGAGAAACUGGAGCAGGAGGACGAGGACCAGGAGGAAGCCAAGCAGGAGUUGCUCUCAGAGCUCAGACGACGACAGGGAAGAGACAGCCGCCAUGUUUACCAAGGAAAAGACGGCACCAUUGAGGACAUCAUCGCAGGUAAGCUUGAGAUGUUUGACUGGUUUCCACCUCAACGGCAGCAGUUCCUGAAUCUGACCAGCACAUCACACACUCAGACAUUGUCCGUCCAUCCUCUCGUCCCUCUCCUCCUCUACAGCGACACACACUUCCCUCCUUCCUCUCCGUACAGCCAGCCAAUCAGUGCACCCGCUGCCCGACAGGCCGACGCCCACUCCGACACGCACACCAGUAAUCACACCAACGGUGUCACCAGCCGUCCGGCGGUGAAGAAGCCUCUGAACGCCUUCAUGCUCUACAUGAAGGAGACGAGACACAAAGUGCUGCAGGAAGGACGAGAGAGAGAGAGCGCCACCGUUAACCGUAUCCUGGGACGCAGGUGGCACGCUCUGUCGCGCUCCGAACAGUCCAAAUACUACGAUCUGGCCCAGAAGGAGAGACUGCUCCACAUGCAGCUUUACCCUGGAUGGUCCGCCCGGGAAAACUACGGUAAAAGGAAGAGGAAGAGGAGCCAGCAGCCGACAGGAAGCUGCCCAACGUCGGGUUGAAAGACAAAGGAAAUAAAAACCUCU